UGGUUACCGGAAACAAUAGAUUAUUUGUGGCAGUUUUGAGGAGAUAAAAAUUCGGUAAAACUUUACAUCAAAGGCCCCUAGUUUUUCUCUUCAAAAGGGUCCUUCGGUGUAAAGUUUUACCAAAAAUUCAUCUCAUUCCCUUUCCAAACUGAUUUAGUAGAUUUAGAUCUAGAUCUAGCUCUACUUAAAAAGGUCAUUUUGAUUUCUGAACACUCUUGGCAGUCUUGGCCUACUGCUGAGCUUCACUUGCUUCAAUUGUCUAGUAGACUAACUCUAGUUGUUAGACUUAGAUCUAGAUCUAGUUAGUAAAUAAUAUUAGAUCUAGACUAGAUCACAGAGACAGGCCUAACGGUAACGUCACAAGUGACUAGUCUAUUUGACUAAGACUGAGUCAAUAAGUACAUUUCAGAUAUCUCUAUGCUUGAAGACAAAUAAUAAUGUAACCAUCAAGUGUUUUUUGGAGGAUGUUGACAUUAAAAAUAAUGAGAGCUUUUUUUAUUUACAAUUAUUACAUCAAAACUCAACAGUGGCCACAAUCGACAAUGAAAGGGAAAUGCUGAUAAACACAACAUCAUCAUUUGGACAGAAAGUUAAAUUUUCCAAAUCGCCUAUACUGAAUCUUGAAAUUGAUCUAGAGAUGGAUGAGGCAUCAAAUAACACGAUUAGUUUGUUCACUUGUGUGAUAGGCAAAACUUUGUCAUCAAACAAACUUGUAAUACUUGAAAAACAAGUUUCAGUGGACAAGAAAGAAUCCACAAAUGAUGAUGAUGUAAAUAAUAAUGACAGUUCUCAAGGAAAAGAUAAAGUUGAAGGCUUGCAAGGAACACAUCUUCUAAUUGCUGUUUGUGGGACUGGCAUUGUCUUGAUAGUGAUUGUUGCUGUUCCAGUUGGUGUUUGGAGGAAAAGAAAAGCUCUUCCUGUCAGUGUAAACUCUGUCUUCUUUCUGCCAAGAUGUGCUUCUGAAUCUUGGCCUUAUCACACUGAGUUUCAACCUGACAUUUAUGCUUUUGAACCAGGAAUACAGUUUUAUUUUACUGACAGUGUGCCUAACCUUGAGUGCUCUUCAAUUCAGACUGAUUAGAAAUUGCCCACUGGACAUUCUGAAUGAGGUUCCUUGUGCUUGCCAGAAGAAUUGUUUUUUCAGCACAGGUUCUAGUCACAACAAAUGAAAGACAUAAGAAAAGAAUGGUUAUAGACUACAAUCAAACCAUAAACCAGUUCACUCUACUAGACCCCUACCCUAGGCCCAGAAUUGAUGAACUAGCAGAAAAGUAUUCCCAGUACUCUGUAUAUAGCACUUUAGAUCUGAAAAGUGCAUACCAUCAGAUUCCCAUAAAAGAAGAGGAAAGGCCGUUCUCAGCCUUUGAAGCAUGUGGGAAACUAUCGAUUCCGUCAGAUUCUGUUUGGCGUUACGAAUGGAGUUGCCUGUUUUCAGCGUAUGAUUGAUGUAAUCUUCGAAGAUGAACGACACACUAACACUUUUGCUAAGCUUAAUUUAUCUUGCAUAAUAGAGACGUUACUUCAAAAAAGAAGAUGAUUACGUCCUACGCGUCAUGCAUUUAGUCAUGCAUAUUAUCUCAAUGAGUGCGGAGCGUCUAUCCCAUAGACGGUCUGUCUGCCCUAAACGCACGGAACGUCUAUCCCAUAGACGUUCUUACCCUACCUUUGUUUCGUUGCAUUUUUAAAUUAAAAAUUUUAACUAACAACAGUGGAACUAUUUUUAAUUUAUAAAAGAGUUCUUCAUCCUUUGUUUACAUAGAAAUUAGAAGCUUUUGGCUUUAUUUAGACAUUUAUUUAUUACUUUUUUUACAAUGUAAAAAAACGUCGCCAUGACUACGCUAGUCCAAGACACACCCACAAUGUUGACUACUGAAGAAACUUUUAUUCUAAAAUUUAUCACAAAUAAAUAGUAAUAAUGAAGAAUUUGAUCUAGAUUAGAUUCAGGUAGGUCUAAAUUUAGCGUAUUUAUAUGAUUAUAUCUAUAUUAUUAGUAUUUAGAUCUAAAUCUAUUAUUGUCAGUAGGCUAGGUGUAGUCUGUAGAUCGAGAUUGACUAGAUCUAAGCUUUUAUCUCUAGACUUGGACUCUAGACUCUAGAUCUAGAUAUAUCUUUAGAUCUAAGCUUUUGGUAAAUAAAAAGAAAGGAAAUGGUAGAUCUACAUCAAAUAAUCAUCCACUGUGGGCAUUUUUUCCCCAUUUUCUUUUUUUUUUUUUAGUAUUGUUUAUCUGUAAAAAUCUACAACAUCAUGGCUAUGCUUGUCCAAGACACACCCACAAUGUUUACUACUGAAGAAGCUUUAUAUUAUUGUUUUAUUUAUACUUCUAUGAAUUGUAAUAAUGAAGAUCUUGAUUAAGAUUUAGCAUAGAAUGAAGCAGACUUGGACAUUAUUAGCAUUUAGAUUUAGAUCUAGAUCUAGUAUUGCCUUAUAUGCUUAGGCUUAGGCCUUAGCCUUAGACUAGGGCUAGGUCUUGAAUGUAGAUCAAGGUUGACUAGAUCUAUGCUUUUAUCUUUACACCUUUGUAGAUUCCUAUAGAUCUAACCCUUAGAUAAAUGAAAACAACAGAAAUGGCAGAUCUAAAUCCAAUAUUCAACCACCAUGCUGGGCCUUUUCUUGGUAUAUUUUCUAGCAAUUUUUUUUAGUAUUGUUUUUUGGUAAAAAUCAUCACCAUCACUAUACUGGUUCAAGUUGCACUCCAAAAGGUUUACUACUAAAUAAAAGUAAAAUAUAAAACUAUUCUAAAUCCAUAAUUUAUCACAAAGGAACAGUAAUAAUGAUCUAUUUGAUGUCUAAAUCUUAGGUAAAAUGAAUUAGGAUUUUUAUUGUCCUUCAUCUAGUUAGAGAUUUAGGCUUUGAUCUCUCGCUAGCCUAUGUCUUGCACUGGUCUAGUAUUAGAAUGAAAGAUGUUCUAUGCAAAUAAAAAGAAGACAAAUCUAGAUCUAUAUCCCAUUGAUUCAAAUGUACAUAAUAUUUGAGUGCAUUUGGUUGAUAGAUUUAGUGCUGGUAUCUAUUGUUAUUGGUAGUAAUGAAAAGCGCAAUAAUUUUCACUUUUUUUUCUGACUAAAAAACCAGGUAAAAAUAAUAAUAUAAUCAAUGAUUCAUCAUCUUUUAUUGACUGUUUUAUCACAUUUCUUUUUGAAAAUGCUGUAAAUAGUCUAAAUAUGCUGUUUCAACAGUAAUACAAAGAACAAAAUCUAAAUUUAGGUCUCAAAAGUUCUAAAGUUGGCAUCCAUUUUUUUUUCUGAGUGUCAUAUUAUUUAGAUUAUAAUUUGUAUCUUAUAUUUAAAUAGAAAGAUGUUUACAUUUUCACAUUCUCCAUUCAUUUACCUUUACUUUGAUACCAAAUUUGUUACUAUAGCAUCAUUGGUACUUAAACAAUAAAUUUUUGUUUUAGCCAUGUUUGGAACAUUUUCUUAUUUUUUUUAAAAAAGUAGCAUUUUUUUGAAAACAAAACACAGCAGUCAAAGAGUUAACCAAUGACUUAAAUUCUGCCUAGUCACUGGUUUUCCUGGCUAGCUCAGGCAACCCAUUCCAUGCUCUAAUAGCACUAGGGAAGAAGGAGCACUUGUACAAAUUUGCCCUAGCAUAUGGGAUGAGGAAUGUGCCUUUAUCUUUGUGUCAUUCAGAGUAUUUUAUUAAAUUUUGUUUUUGUAUUUAAAGAUUAUGGUUCAGUGUUUUAUGUAUGAUUGCUACUUUACUUUUGAGUCUUCUGUCCUGAAGGCUUUCUAAAUUUAGGGAUUUUACUAAAGGUGUUACUCUAGUCAAAUGUGAAUAUUCGUUUGUUAUGAAUCUCACUCCUCUAUUUUGUGUCUGUUCUAGUUUCUUAAUGUUUUCUUAAGUUGAGGGGUCACAAACAGAGGAUGCAUAUUCUAUUAUUGGCCUAACCAAGGUUACUAAGUUAUUAUGACAAAUUUAAAAAAAAGAUUAAUAUAUUCAUUAUCUGUAAAUCAAAACACAUAUUAUAUCAAAAAUUGUCUAAACCAUCGGAGUUUCCCUUUAAGUUUUGUGAAAAUAUUAAUUAUCUUAAAAAUUACUUUUUAUUCAAUUUGGAUAAUAAAAUAUUGCCUAGAUCUAGUCUAGUUUUAAGGGAGAAUUAUCUACAGUCAUGAAAUUGUAAUUUGUUAGUUGCAUUAUCCAAAAUAAACUUUUAUUUUGGUUUUAUAAAUAUCAAUAAAAAUUAUCUAAAAAGGGUGUGCAUUCUUCUUUAAUUGUAUACCAAAUAAGUCAGCAGUUUUUCUGGCUUAUUUAGGGAACCCAUUUGAUGCUGUAAUGGCACUAGGAAAGUAAGAACACUUGUACAAAAUAGUACUAGCUCUAUUAUGUUGUAUUUAGUAGUCUUUUAUAAAUAUUUAGUUGGAAAAUAAUUUUUUUAGAUGGCUUUUAAGGUGAAUCUAGAGGUGAGCAACUGUUAAUGGCUUAUCUUAUAUAAUACAGACGUUACUUCAAAAAAGAAGAUGAUUACGUCCUACGCGUCAUGCAUUUAGUCAUGCAUAUUAACCAAUGACUUAAAUUCUGCCAAGUCACUGGUUUUCCUGGCUAGCUCAGGCAACCCAUUCCAUGCUCUAAUAGCACUAGGGAAGAAGGAGUAUUUGUACAAAUUUGUCCUAGCAUAUGGGACGAGGAAUGUGCCUUUAUCUUUGUGUCUUUCAGAGUAUUUUAUUAAAUUUUGUUUUUGUAUUUGAAGAUUAUGGUUCAGUGUUUUAUGUAUUAUUGCUACUUUACUUUUGAGCCUUCUGUCCUGAAGGCUUUCUAAAUUUAGUGAUUUUACUAAAGGUGUUACUCUAGUCAAAUGUGAAUAUUCGUUUGUUAUGAAUCGCACUGCUCUAUUUUGUGUCUGUUCUAGUUUCUUAAUGUUUUCUUGAGUUGAGGGGUCCCAAACAGAGGAUGCAUAUUCUAUUAUUGGCCUAACCAAGGUUAAAUAACAUUUUAGUUUUAUGUUCUUAUUUGAUUUAUAGAAAUUUCUUUUAAUAAAUCCUAAUGCUUUGUUUGAUUUUUUUGUAGUUUCAUCAAUAUGUGGAUUCCAUGACAGUUUUUCAUUUAUUAUAACACCUAGGUAUUUUGCGUUUUUAGUCUGUGUUACUGGUUUGCCAUGAAUAAGAUAAGUGGAAUUAAUUUGUUUUAGUUUUUUUGUUACUCUUAACAACUGACAUUUUUCUGGGUGGAAAGACAUGCUCCAAUUUGAUUCCCAUUUCUGUAAUUCAUCUAAUUCUCUUUGUAAAAUAUCUGUGUCUUGUGUUGUUUUUAUUGUUCUAUAUAUUAUGCAAUCGUCUGCAAAUAAUCUGACUUUUGUUUCUGAAGUAAUGCAAUUUGGUAAAUCAUUUAUGUAAAUUAAAAAUAGUAGUGGACCCAAGACUGUUCCUUGAGGUACACCUGAGUUUACUGUUAUCUGUGUUGAUUUAGAGCCAUUUAUUAAUACAGUUUGUUCUCUCCCUAUCAGAAAGUCUUUAAUCCACUGAUGCAGUGGACCAUUAAUGCCGAAAUAUUUUAAUUUUUUAAGCAAACUAUGGUGGUGAACUUUGUCAAAAGCCUUAGAAAAAUCUAGUAAGAUAGCAUCUAUUUGUUCACUAUUAUCUAAACCUUUUGAAAAAUCAUCAAUUAGUCCUAUUAGUUGUGUUUCACAUGAUCUAUAUUUCCUAAAGCCAUGUUGGUAUGGUGUGAGGACAUUAUGUUUGUCUAAGUGGUUUAUGAUGUUGCUACAUAUUAUGUGUUCUAGGAUUUUACAUGUGAUGCUGGUAAGUGAUACUUGUCUGUAGUUUCCUGGGUCAGAUUUUUCUCCUUUUUUAAAUAGGGGGGUGACAUUAGCUUCUUUCCAGUCCUUUGGUACUCUGCCCUGGUUAAGUGAAGCCUGAAAGAGUAUUUUGAACACUGGGGCUAGCUCAUUACUUAGUUCUUUGAGUAAUCUAGCUGGAAUACCAUCAGGUUCAGAAGCUUUAUUUGGUUUGGUGUUGGCUAAUAGUUUUUGAAUUCCAUUUUCUUGUACUACUAUAUCUUCUAUGUUGUCUAUGGCUUUUUUUGAUACAAAUGAUGUAUACACUUAUUAUAGUUUUAUAUUAUAUCUUAUGUUAUGAAUUAAGUUGAUGAUCCAUGUUUACUAUAGUCUUGUAGUUUACAGACUUAACAUCUGAUAAGUCAGCAGUUUUUCUGGCUUAUUUAGGGAACCCAUUUGAUGCUGUAAUAGCACUAGGAAAGUAAGAACACUUGUACAAAAUAGUACUAGCUCUAUUAUGUUGUAUUUAGUAAAAAAUUAGACUGAGUGUCUGAGUAUUACAUUUAAUACUAUUAUUCAAGGUACUUAUAGCAUAUAGAAUUAUAUAAUGGUUAUUUUCUUGAUAAGAAAAUCUUUGUGUUAAGUUAGACGUUAUGUUGCGGAACUUUUAUUUUUUUGGUUACGCAAAUGUCAUCAACAUUACGAUGCACAACAGUGGGACUAAUGGAGACAUUUUUAAAUGUCUUCAAAAAGUUUUGAUUCCAAUAUUCUUACAUGGUGUAUAUAAGAAGAGAAAAGACAUCUCUUACUUAAAAUAUUUUAAUUUUUAAAUCAUUGUUGUUUUUUUUGGUCAUUUCAGGAAUUCCAUGACAAAUAUUUAGGUAUUUUGAUGCCUAGGUAUUUUGAGUUUAUUGUCUGUGCAACUGGUUUACCAUGAUUCAAAUAUGUUGUUUUAAUUUUAGUUUUGUUUUGCUCUUAAUAUUGAAUAUGUUUCUAGGUGGAAUAACAUGCUCCACUUAGAUUCAUAUUUUUGUAAUUCUUCUAAAUCUCUUUGUUUGUAUUUUGUAUGUAUUAUGAAAUCAUCUGGAAAUUUUCAACUUUUGUUUCUGAACUAAUUCAACCUGAUCUGUCAUAUAUGCGAAUUAGACAUUUAUUGGGUUUAAGACAAUUCAAUAGGGAAUACAUGAAUUAAAUUUUAAUUUGAAUCCAUUUUUUUUUUAUUUUUCAUAAUUUAUUUAUCCUGAAUCCAUUGGUGCAAUGGGAAAUUAAAGCCAAAAUAUUUAAAGUUAUUGCAAGCAAUAAUAAAACAGCAUCUAUUAUUGUCAUUAUUAUACAUGAAAUAUAAUUUUAUGACAUUUUUUUUUUUUUUUUAAUUUAAAAUCAGUGUUUUAUUUUAAGGUAUUUUAAUUAUUCAUUAAUGCUUUUUUAUUUUUUUUUUACAGUCUUCUUAAAAUCUUAAAAAAAAGUAUUGUUAUGUUUGGGUCACAUAAGAAAAAAAAAACAUCAAGUCUAAAAAACAUACAUACUUUGUCAUUUUUUUGUUGUUGUAUACACAUAGGCUGGGUUGCUGAAAUGUGUAUAUAUAUAAUAUAUAUGUGUGUGCGCUCGUUUUUUUAAAAUUUACUUGCAAUUUGAUUCACAUUUCCUAAAUUAAACUUAGAAGAACAUAAAUUCAAAGGUUAUAUUAGGUAGGUGCUGCUCAGAUACCUGUUUACUGUCUAGUCUAGACCUGUGUAUAAAUCAUUUUAUGAUAUCAUUAAUACUAGAUAUAGUAGUACAUUUAGUAUAUUGUCACUUCACAACUAGAGAAAGAAGUUUUCAUUUAGUAUGUUUUUAUGUUCUAGCUUAUCUUAUGAAAUAUAAACGUUACCUUUACCUUUUUACCUACCUUUACCUAUCCCUUAGUCUGUUGGACCCUUGGGGCACCAGGCAAGAUUUGUCGACCAUCUUUCUCCAUUCCUCCCUUUUUUUUGCCUUGUUUAGAACCUCUCUCAAUGGCAGGCCUGUCCAUUCUUUAAUGUUGUCCUCCCAUCGCUUUUUCUGUCUGCCUCUUCUUUUUUUCCCUGGCAAUGUUCCCUGAAGGAAGGUCUUUGUGAGCCCCGUAGAUCUUGUAAUAUGGCCAAAGGUUUUAAGCUUUCGUCUUUUUACAAUCAGCAGGUCGUCAUGGGCUCCGAUCGCUACAGUAACCCUGUCUCUGAUUUCUUGGUUUGUGAUGCAGUCUUUGAAUGUGAUGCCUAGGAUCCUUCUGUAGCAUCUCAAUUCCAUUGCUAGGAUCCUCCUCUCAAGCUCUGCAUUCAACGUCCAAGACUCGCAAGCAUAUAAAAAUGUGGCCAUGACCAGAGAGCGCAUCAGUCUGAUUUUGGUGCCGAUGGCUAAGCCCUUAUCUUUCCAUAUUAUUUUAAGUUUUGAAAGGGCUGCUGUGGACUGUGCUAUUCGGGCCAAUAGUUCGGGUUUUGUUCCCUCAUCUGAGACAAUAGCUCCGAGGUAUUUGAAGCUGUUAACACUGGUUAGCUUUUCACCUCCAAUAUUGAUGCCUCUUUUAGAGCCCUGAUGGCCGUUACUUCAAAAAACAAAAAAAAGAUGAUAGCCUCCUACAGGUGUUCCAAUCUAGACUGCAUGUUAUGUUAUUCAAUGGCUUAAAGUCCUAAAUUUAGCUUUCACAAUGUCUGGUAAUAGUUUGAACACAUUAUUCCUCCAAAACCCUAUCUCGGAUCAAGUUGACACUCUGCACAAUUAUUCAUAGGCACAGACAAGACAUAAAUUAAAAGAUAACUAGACUUGGUAAUUAUUUUAUUGUUUCAUACCAACAAGUAAGAUAAAUUAAUCAGCAUUCACAUAUAUGGUUAUAUAUUGUUAAAUAUGUUGGGUUUUGUCCCCUAAAAUAAUUGUCCACUUUAUUUCUUCAACACUCAUUCUCAGAUCAAGUUCAAACUUUAAACAAUUAUUUAUUGUAAAAACAUGAAUCAAUUAAACAAUUAGUCAAUUAAAUAAUGAUAAUUGAUUAUUUUAUUUGGCAUGGAGCAUGGGAAAUUGCCUCAACAUUCUUCAGUGAUUUUUGUUUAUAUAUUUUGCUUUAUUUUAGAAAUCAAAACUGUUUGCAUAAAUUUUUAUAAAAAAUAUACACUAAAAAUUACCAGCUGUAUUUAUGAUAACAAAGUGUGUUGUUUUUUUUUACUAAUAAUAGUGAAUAGUUGUAAAAAUGGAGUAUUUUUCUGAAAAAGGAUUAAAAAAAAAAAAAAGUAAAUGUUUAAGUUUCAGAAAAAAAAAGUCUGUCACAUCAGAACUUUUAAAGGUCAUUUCUGCAGAUCUAUGUCUAGUUUGUAUGACAAAUGACAAUAGAGAUAUUAAUUUUUAUUUGAGAGGGAAAAGUCUUGUUAAGUCAUUUGUACACUACUGUAGCUAGCUCAUUAGUCUAUCAAAAGUAGGUCAAGAAAUUUAUAUUUUUUUGUGUGUUUCCACUUUAUCAAAUUUUGUAUGAAGAAUAAAUCUUUCUUAGUUUCUCUCUAUUACAAUGUAACGUUAUUAAUUUUGAAUGUAUGGAUAAGUUUAAUAAUUAUUACGCUAAAUGAAUAUAUGGAGAUACUGUGGCUGAGGGGUAAAGCAUUUGGAACCGGAAGUCCCGUCUUCGAAUCCUGGUGAAGACUUUAGAAUAAUUCAGAUGGUCCACUUCAGGGGCGAACUUGAGUUUGUGUUUCCACACAAACUGUCUUUGUAACCUUGUUGAGAGGCUAAGUACGCUUGAACUAGACUUGUCUUUAUUACCUAUGAAAGGGGCUCAAGGUUCGACACUCGACUCAAGCAGAGAUGUGUUUACUGAGUGCCUUAAGGCAGCACGGAAAAACCUUCUCCCAGAUACAUCUUCCCCCACUGGUCCACAAAUAAGAUUGGACCAAAGCGCUCUGAGCAUACUCAAAGCAUGAAAGUAGCGCUAUAUAAAAGUUAGAUUUGUAAAUAUAUAUAUACCGCACAAAUAGCAUAGUAACAGAUGUACAGCGAGAAAAUGUUGACAUUACUAAAUGUGGUCACAUGUCGAUCUCAACGUGAUGAGCUAAACAAAAAUAGGGGAUGGGAGUUUUUCAUCUCUCCCUUAUAAGGUAUACCCGCACAGUUAGACAAACUUGCACAGCUAGACAGACGUCUGGUUACCUAAUAUAACAUGUUCACUAACUCACUCAAAGGUCAGGGCAAACAAAGUUUUGAAAAAUGUGCCAGCCAUCUCUCCUAUUUAUGUAAUGAGCAUUAAUAAUGUAAUGUUUAAUUUCUAUUUGUUUUUAUAAUAAAAAAUAAUAUCUGGUGCAUAUUCUUAGAUUAUAGAUUUGAAACAAUUAAUUUUUAAAAAUAUGAACGUUAAUACAUUCCAUAAAAUAAAUGUAUGUCACCAUGUCCACUUGUUCAUAUGAAUAGACAUGUAUGUACUAUAGUGUACUUUUCCGGCUGAAUAAGGCUUUUUAAUGAAAAAUUGUUGCUAUUUAGCCGGAACUACUAUCUGGUUUGAUUUUUUUGUAGUUUCAUCAAUAUGUGGAUUCCAUGACAGUUUUUCAUUUAUUAUAACACCUAGGUAUUUUGCGUUUUUAGUCUGUGUUACUGGUUUGCCAUGAAUAAGAUAAGUGGAAUUAAUUUGUUUUAGUUUUUUUGUUACUCUUAACAACUGACAUUUUUCUGGGUGGAAAGAUAUGCUCCAAUUUGAUUCCCAUUUCUGUAAUUCAUCUAAUUCUCUUUGUAAAAUAUCUUUAUAUUGUGUUGUUUUUAUUGUUCUAUAUAUUAUGCAAUUGUCUGCAAAUAAUCUGACUUUUGUUCCUGAAGUAAUGCAAUUAGGUAAAUCAUUUAUGUAAAUUAAAAAUAGUAGAUGACCCAAGACUGUUCCUUGAGGUACACCUGAGUUUACUGUAAUCGGUGUUUAUUUAGAGCCAUUUAUUAUUACAGUUUGUUCUCUCCCUAUCAGAAAAUCUUUAAUCCACUGAUGCAGUGGACCAUUAAUGCCGAAAUAUUUUAAUUUUUUAAGCAAACUAUGGUGGUGAACUUUGUUAAAAGCCUUAGAAAAAUCUAGUAAGAUAGCAUCUAUUUGUUCACUAUUAUCUAAACCUUUUGAAAAAUCAUCAAUUAGUCCUAUUAGUUGUGUUUCACAUGAUCUAUAUUUCCUAAAGCCAUGUUGGUAUGGUGUGAGGACAUUAUGUUUGUCUAAGUGGUUUAUGGUGUUGCUACAUAUUAUGUGUUCUAGGAUUUUACAUGUCAUGCUGGUAAGUGAUACUGGUCUGUAUUUUCCUGGGUCAGAUUUUUCUCCUUUUUUAAAUAGGAAGGGGGGGGGUGACAUUAGCUUCUUUCCAGUCCUUUGGUACUCUGCCUGAAAGAGUAUUUUGAACACUGGGGCUAGCUCAUUGCUUAGUUCUUUGAGUAAUCUAGCUGGAAUACCAUCAAGUCCAGAAGUUUUAUUUGGUUUGGUGUUGGCUAAUAGUUUUUGAAUUCCAUUUUCUUGUACUACUAUAUCUUCUAUGUUGUCUACUUGGUUCAAAUUCAGUAAUAUGUCUUUGUCUCAUGGGUUUGAGAAUGCUGAUGCAAAGUAUUUGUUUAGGAUGUUUGCUUUAGUUUCAUUAUCAUUAUGUUAUGUUCAUCUUUUAAUGGCGCUAUGCCUGUUGUUUCCAUUUUCUUAGACUUAAUGUAUGACCAUAGGUUUUUGUUGUUAUCUUUAGAUAUUACAUUGUUUAUGUAUUCACUCUGCAGCUGUCUGCUUACUUUUUGGGUUAAGUGUUUAAUUUUUAUAUACUUUUUUUAAACUCUUUCUGCACUAGUUUCUUUAAAUUUUCUAUAUAGGUUUUCCUUCUGUUUACAAAGCUUCUUUAGUCUAUUAUUAAACCAACAUUUAUUUAUUUUGUUUGAUGUGUAAUUAGUUGGUAUAUGAUUUUCUAUAAUGCUUUUAAGAUGGUUUUUAAUGAAAUUCCAGAGGUCAUCGACUGGUUUGUUAAUGUCUUUUUCUAAUAAAAAUGUUUGUUGAAAGUUUAAUGCAGCUUGGUGUAGUUGUGUUAGGUUACAUUUAUUCCAGAGUAAGAUUUUUCUUUUGGGUUUUGUAUUGGCUACUGCUUUUAUCUGACUUUGUAUUUUUAUGAUCUCAUGGUCUGAUAGACCAGGGAUAAUUUCAUAAUCAACUACUAAUCCAGGUCUGUUGGUUAAGAAGAGAUCUAAUGUGUUGUUUAAUCUAGUUGGCUUUUUAAUGAUUUGAUCUAAACUUAGGUUGUGUAAAGUUUCUAUGAAAAGCUCAUUUAUGUCCUUGAGGUUUUGGUGUUUAUGGUUAGUGUUUUCCAAUUUAUAUCAGGUAGGUUGAAAUCACCCAUAAUAGUAGUAAUAUGAUUACAUAGUUCCUGCAUGUAUUCUAAACUAGAAUUUGGUGGUCUGAAAUGCUGCCUAUUAUUAGGGAUGUUGAGGUGGUAUUAAGUUUACAAAAUAUUGAUAUUACAUUUUUUGAGUUAGGUAAGGUAAUUUCUUCUGCUAUAAGAGUGUUUUUUAUUGCUAAAAGAACUCCUCCAUGGUUAUCAGCCCUAUCUUUUCUAAAAAUUUCAUAAUUACUAUUGAAAAUUUCUGCAUUAUAAAUUUCAGGAUGUAGCCAAGUUUCUGUUCCUGCAAUUAUGUCUGGUUUCUCACAUUCUAAUAAAAUUUCUAAGUCUGCUGUUUCGUUCCUAAUGCUUUGAAAAUUUAUUACUAAGGUUUUAAGGUAUUUUGGUAUUACUUCUUUAGUAGGUUUGUUUAGUGAGGCUGUUGUAUUAAUUUUAGUAGAUUUAGGUUUAACAGGAGUGGAUCUGGCUAGUGGUUGGUAAGUUUGGUUUGGGAUGGUGUUCUUAUCUUAUAUAAUACAGACGUUACUUCAAAAAAGAAGAUGAUUACGUCCUACGCGUCAUGCAUUUAGUCAUGCAUAUUAACCAAUGACUUAAAUUCAGCCAAGUCACUGGUUUUCCUGGCUAACUCAGGCAACCCAUUCCAUGCUCUAAUAGCACUAGGGAAGAAGGAGUGUUUGUACAAAUUUGUCCUAGCAUAUGGGACAAGAAAUGUGCCUUUAUCUUUGUGUCUUUCAGAGUAUUUUAUUAAAUUUUGUUUUUGUAUUUGAA